UCGCACCGGAGAACCGUUUCCAGCUGCAGUGAAAAGGGUUGCGGUCAUUAUGUUGCCUCUAUAACGGAUUUCUCUGUUCCGCCGUUAUGUUAACUAGUCUUCUAUAAGAACAUAACCACGGAUAUAAAAAAUAUAUAUUAGGGUUUUUGGUAGCCGAAACUGUGGAUCUGUUAAAUUACAUGACCUUGUACUGAAUGUCACAAUAAAAGGACCGUAUAUAGCUCAAUCUGUCGACACGGGGAACUCAGAUACUGGCCUGCAAAGAUGGAGCUCACCACACAUCUGAUAAAUGAUACCAUUAAUUUAUAUAAAUGGGCCCUUACCAUCGCAGACAAGCGAGUGGAGAAAUGGCCCCUGAUGGACAACCCACUCCCUACGUUGGCCAUCAGUUCCUCCUACCUGCUGUUCCUGUGGCUGGGGCCCAAGUACAUGGAGAACAGAGAACCCUUCCAGCUCAAGAAGACACUCAUCUUCUAUAACUUCAGCAUGGUCAUCUUCAACUUCUUCAUCUGCAAAGAGCUCUUCCUGGCGGCUCGGGCGGCCGGCUACAGCUACAUCUGCCAGUCUGUUGACUACUCAGACGACCCCAAUGAAGUCCGGAUAGCAGCAGCGUUGUGGUGGUAUUUCGUCUCUAAAGGAGUAGAGUACCUGGACACGGUGUUCUUCAUCCUGAGGAAGAAGUUUAACCAGGUCAGCUUCCUUCACGUCUACCACCACUGCUCCAUGUUCACCCUCUGGUGGAUCGGCAUCAAGUGGGUCGCUGGAGGACAGUCAUUCUUUGGUGCACACAUGAACGCAGCCAUCCAUGUCCUGAUGUAUCUGUACUAUGGGCUGGCCUCCUUUGGACCCAAGAUCCAGAAGUACCUGUGGUGGAAGAAGUACCUGACUGUCAUCCAGAUGGUCCAGUUCCAUGUCACCAUCGGCCACACUGCUCUGUCCCUCUACAUGGACUGUGAGUUCCCCCACUGGAUGCACUAUGCCCUUAUCUGCUACGCCCUCACCUUCAUCGCCCUGUUCGCUAACUUCUACUACCAGACGUAUCGCCGCACGCCGCGCCAACCCAGGGAGCCCAAGGCCGCCAAGGCUCUGUCUAACAACGGGGUCUCCAACGGGCUGUCCAAGGGACUGGGGAACGGAGCGGGGGUAGUGGUGGUGGGGGGCAAGGUGGAGGCAAAGGAGAGGUCAUCAGGGGUGGAUAAUGGAAGGAGAAAGAGGAAGGGGAGGGCCAAGAGGGAUUAGACGGAGGGGAGGGGUGUAGGGCUGAAGGAGGCUGGCACUAACAGGCCUUGCUGUUUGAUCUUAUUAUACCUCCCACAUAGCACCCUAUUCCCUAUACAGCACAUGACUUGUAGGUGAAGGUGUGAUAAGAGGCUGGAGUCAAUUCCAUUUCAAUUCAGUCAAUUUAUGAAGAAAACUGACAUUCAGAAUUACAAUUUUCCUCAUUGGCUUUGAUUGGAAUUAGAAUUUCUGUUAACUUUCUGCGUUUGGCUGAAUUGAAAGGGAAAUAACCACAACCCUGGUAAGAGGUGUCCGAGAUGACCGUCAUUACAACUAAUCCAACGUUCAGUAGUUUCUGGUCUGGAAAACAAUAAACAAUCAACAUGUUCUCUCUCUGUACUGCAGUGUUGAGGUUUGUAGCUAGCUAAGCGACUGGUUUGUAGCUAGCUAACCGACUGGUUUGUAGCUAGCUAACCGACUGGUUUGUCGCUAGCUAACCGACUGGUUUGUAGCUAGCUAACCGACUGGUUUGUAGCUAGCUAACCGACUGGUUUGUAGCUAGCUAACCGACUGGUUUGUAGCUAGCUAAGCGACUGGUUUGUAGCUAGCUAACCCCCUAGUUUGUAGCUAGCUAACUGACUGGUUUGUAGCUAGCUGAUUUACUGGUGUUUAACUAGCUGAUUCAUUGCUUUGUAGCUAUAUAACUCACUGGUUUGUAGCUAGCUAACUCACUGGUUUGUAGCUAGCUGAUUUAAUGGUGUUUAGUUAGCUGAUUCACUGGUGUUUAGCUAACUAACCCACUAGUUUGUAGCUAGCUAACUCGUUGAUUCACUAGUUUGUAGCUAGCUGAUUCACUGGUGUGUAGCUAGCUAAUCCAUUGGUUUGUAGCUAGCUAACCCACUGGUGUGUAGCUAGCUAAUUCAUUGGUUUGUAGCUA